UGUCAGGUUUUCUGGCAGCCUGGGGAGCCCUCGGUAGCCCUUGAGAUGCUGCGGAAAGUGAGCCUGGUGGCUCUGCGUGUGCUGCUACUCUUGACAGAAAGUCCUUCGAUGACGCGGGAUGUUUUGUGUGCUACUCUGAGCUGCAAGCAAGGUGGCACAAGGUGCCUCGCUCUCUCUGCUGUCCAAGCAUUCGCUGUGGUGCACGGCCACUCUCAGGAGUUUGAGAAGCUGUGGUCCUCACCCACUCAGCUGAGCUGUGAAAGCCUCUCCAGGAACCUGUCCAGUGUCUUGGAAAGCUUCCAGAGCCACUUGGAGAAUUCCACUGAGCAGGACUGCGCCUGCCAGCCAGGGCUGGACACCGUCCAGCAGCUUGUGCACAGGUUGGCCCAAAGCCUCGCAGGGCCUUGGCUGUCAGCGUAUCCUGCUGUGACUUUUCUCAGCGAUUUUGCAGCGUCUGAGGGUAAGUGUUUGGUUCUCCAAGUUUGCAGGAUAAAAACAUCAGCUAAGUUUUUCACACAUAUAUGUUGUUAAAAUAAAAUACAUAGAAGAAACAUUGUGCUGUAUGUGAUAAAUCACAAUUCAGAACUUGUCUGGUCUGACACAUUCAAGUUUCUAAGGGAAGUUCGAAAACCAAGCAGAGGAAGGAGGAGGCACUCCUGUGGCCUGGGUUUUGCCUUGACCCGCAUGCCUGGGCACGGUGA